CGUACAUAACAUACUGACAUACAGGGUCACCAGCUUAUUGAUCUUUGAUCAUUUCUAUGAAUGUCAGCACGUUUGGUUUGGAUUCACGCUGAGUUUAAUAGUUAUUGCAUCUCAGGCUCGUGACUUUAUUAUUGUCUUUGCUUCUGUUUUUCUCCACUUCCUUUUUUCAGAUUCCUCUGUUUCUGAAGGUUUCAUGUUUGAUCGGUGCUGCUGGCCUUUACUUUAAGUGCCUGCUGUUAUUGGCUAGCAACGUUUUGCUUCAUGGAGAGGUUCUCCCGGACACUUGAAGGUCGCGGCCAUGGGGGACGAUAUCAGCAGAACAUUGAUGCUGACGGAUUCUCGGAAAGUCAACAAAUUUCUGCGGAUGAGUUAACAGACUAUGAGAGGGAGGAUAUAGAUUAUGCAACUGCCCUUUCACUUUCAGAAGAAGAUCAGAAAGGAGGAAAUUUCAUUGGUACAUCACCAAACUAUGAUGAAUAUCAAUCCAAAUACACACAAGCUUCUAAUGCCCUGCUGGAAAUAGAAAAACUUCGUGCUAAAGCUCAGUUGGUGGAGGAUGAACUACUGGCCAUAGCUGUCCAAAACAGUUUAUAUGUAGAAGAUCGAUCUAAAAACGGCAAUGGAAAUUCACUUCAACUUCAUCCAGCUUCAUCUUCAGGCUCAAGAAUCUGUGCAGGCUGCAAGAGUCAGAUUGGUCUUGGAGAUUUCCUGACUUGCAUGGGUGCUGAUUGGCAUCAGAAAUGCUUUUGCUGCCACGCAUGUGGUCUUGCAAUUGCUGAGCUUGAGUUUUCAGUGUCCGGGGAACACCCCUACCAUGAAACAUGCUUCAGAGACCACCAUUAUCUGAGAUGUGAAGUUUGCAAGAAUUACCUGCCAAUAAACGCAAACGGAAUCGAGUACGCAGCUCAUCCUUUCUGGAUGCAAAUUUUUUGCCAAGCACACGAGCGAGAUGGGACUCCAAGAUGUUCUAGCUGUGAGAGGAUGGAACCAAGAGACACGAGGUACUUGUCGCUUGAUGAUGGUCGAAAGCUAUGUCUAGAGUGUCUAGAAUCUGCGAUUAUGGAUACCGAUGAGUGUCAACCUCUUUAUCUCGAAAUACAAGGAUUCUAUAAAAGCAUGAAUAUGAAAGUGGACCAACAGAUUCCUCUACUCUUGGUUGAAAGACAAGCGCUGAACGAAGCUAUGGAAGGAGGAACCAAUGGACAUCAUCACUCGUCUGAAACUCGAGGACUAUGCUUAUCCGAAGGACGGAGUGUUCCCACUGUUAUGAGAAGGGCAAGAAUUGGAGCAGGCAACCAAUUUAUUGAUAUGAUAACUGAACCUUACAAGCUGGUUCGUUCAUGCGACGUGACUGCAAUCCUCAUUUUGUAUGGUCUCCCUAGGCUGUUGACAGGGUCAAUCCUUGCUCAUGAGAUGAUGCAUGCUUGGCUUCGACUUGAAGGUUAUCCUAACCUUAGUCCAGAGGUUGAAGAAGGCAUUUGUCAAGUUCUGGCUCAUAUGUGGUUGAAUUCUGAGAUCGAAUCAAGCUCUGCAAAUGAUAUUUCGUCAUCCUCAUCGCCAUCAUCAUCAUCUUCAUCAACAUCAAAGAAGGGAAAAUGGUCAGACUUGGAGAUAGAACUUGGCAAGUUUUUUAAGCAUCAAAUAAGGACUGAUGUUUCAAAGGCCUAUGGAGAGGGAUUUAGGUUAGGAAACGAGGCAAUGGAGAGGCAUGGCCUUAGGAAAACUCUUGAUCACAUUCGUCUAACGGGGACCUAUCCACUGUGAUCUAAGAAGUGGCCGUCUGUGGAACUUCAAUUUUCAGUGGUUAGUGACUUGAUAUGGCAUGAGCAAGAGCAUAAGUAGAACUUAUGAAUGCAUUAGCCAUCAAAUUCACUUGACGUUUAUAUAGCAUAUGUCAGACCCAGAGGUAUAACAAGAUAUUGUGUUUUAUUUUCUCGAGUAACAGUAAAGGUGUCGGAGAAGUGCGUAUGUACAUGCUUUGUACGAUUUUUCAGCUAAGUGUAAUGUUGGGUUCAUCAUGAGAAACUGAUUGCGAUGCCAGUGUAUCUCAAUCUUGCAGAGUUGCUGCAUCA